UUAGUGCAACAUUUCCGGGCGGCACCUGAACGCAGCAUCGCUUGUUUGAGAAGGUAGCUGUCAAACAGCGCUUAGGUAGCUAGUCUCCUGCAUAGUAUACAUGUAAAAACGUGUUUAAAGUUUCUAGAAGUGGUGUAUUGGUUGGAUAAUUCCUCGGACACGUAGAUUUUCAUGACUAAAGUGUAUAAACGUGUAAAUGUGGCGACAAUAAGAACGGCGUAUAUUGAAACCUAUUUUUAACGGUUUAAAGUUAAGCUAGCUAGCUAGGAAACUGCGGUGUAUUUACCUGUCGAAAGUAUUAAACUUAUUUCUUGGUACACUAACCUAAAAUUACGGAACAACGACCAUAAACACACAAAGCAUGACACAUAAGCAUUAUAAUAUACGAGUAAUAUUGUUAUGUAAACAUUUAACGGAAUUAAGCAUCUAUCCGCUACACCUGCGCUAAAGAUGAAACGUGACAUUCACAUCUUUUGAUGCGUCGCCAAAAUGACUCAUCUUUCGUCUCCGCCUCGGAGUUGAAUAAUUUAGACAAAAUGACUUGACGGAGCGCUCAGUUUUGCAGGAAAUUAGUGAGAGCGAACUUUGAAUAGCUGCAUUGCUGUGAGUUUUAUUUGCUUUUUCGCCAUGACGUGUCCCGCCGCUGAGAAAAGGAAAAUGAAGUUUGCGUUGGGACACCGACGUGUUUACAGCGUCUGUGUCAAGACUGAGGAGUCAGAGCUGGAGUUCCUCUACAGGGACACAGCUCAUGCCAUGAACUGUUUGCAAUACGUGUCCCUCAUUCUGGGACUGAGAGAGAUUUGGUACUUUGGGCUCCAGUACAACAUCGGCAACAGAGUUACUUGGCUCAACCUGACCCAGACGUUUCGGAGUCAAGAGGUGCCACUGAAGGAACCGAUCAUCUUUCGACUCAUGAUCAAGUUUUACCCAGAAAAUGUUGAGCAGGAGCUACUGGAAGACAUCACACAGCAUUUAUUCUUCCUGCAGUUGAAGAGGAUGAUCCUUGAGGAAGAGAUUUACUGUCCUCCAGAGGUGUCUGUGCUCUUGGCCUCCUACGCCGUUCAUGCUGAGUAUGGAGACUAUGACCCUGAUGUUCAGAAACCUGGCUUCUUGGCUGUUAAGAGUCUGCUUCCGAAGAGAUUCAUUAACUUGUAUAUAAUGACUACAGCGAUGUGGGAGGAGAAGAUCACAGCGUGUUAUGCACAGCACAGGGGCAAGACGAGGGAGGAAGCUGAGAUGGAGUAUUUAAAAAUAGCUCAGGACCUGGACAUGUAUGGUGUCAAUUACUUUUUAAUCAGGAAUAUGAAAGGACACGACCUUCUCCUGGGACUGCACGCCCUGGGUUUGCACAUCUACAAGCCAGGCAACAAGCUGACACCAGAGGUGACCUUCAUCUGGGAUGAGAUCCAUCACGUGUCAUUCCAGUGGAACCUGUUCCUCAUUCAACUUUUGGGCAAGAAAAACAAUUUUGUCAAGUUGAAGUCUUCAGAGGUAAAAGGCUGCCAGAUCACUGCAAUGAUCUUCAAUCUGUGUAUGGGGAACCAUGAACUGUUUAUGCGCCGACGGAACCCAGACUCAGUGGAAAUGCAGGAAAUAAAGAUUCAGGUGGCAAGGCAGAGGUCCAGAAAAGAGGAAGCGAAGCAUCGUCUGCAAAAGGAACGGCAGCUGCGAGAUGCGGCAGAGAGAGCCAGGGAUGAGAUGGAGAUGAGCUUAAUUCAGCUGCAGAAUGACGUGCACAUGUCCAAUGUGCUACUGCUGUGUUUGGGGCAGGAUCUGCUGGCUGAAAAGGCCAAAACCGCACAACAGGAUGCCAAACUGCUGGCCCAGAAAGCAAUCGAGGCUGAGACAGAGAAGCAGCACAAUGAAGUGCCCGCCAUCUGUGGCCAGGGGGAGCCGGAGAAGAUGCUGGAGGCAGAGAUGGUAGCCCUCAAGAUGGACAAGGAGUCGGAAAAGAGGGAUAAGGAGGAUGAGCAGCUGAAACAGGAGCUGCAGGAAGCCAGACAUGCAGAACGCGAGGAAAAGCACAACCUGCUGGAGAUUACAAGCAAGUCCCCAGGUCUGCCUUCUGACAGCGUGCCUCAAGAACUGAGCUUCAGCAGGGAGACCCUCUGCUUUGACUUUAAAGAUACUGACAUGAAAAGCUUCUUCACGGUGACUGAGAAGAAAAAGGUUGCGAAGAAGAACCUGCAUGAGGUGCUGAAGGAAAUGAAGACAGAGAUGGAACUUCUGAGACUGAGAGGGCACGAGACUCCUCUGGACUGCAUUCACUUCCAAAACAAAGCGAAGGGCAUCACCAAGCACAGCACCCUUAAAAUGCUAACACUGCAGAGCUCCGAAAACAAGUUGGCCCACUAUGAGACCCUUUAAACUACAGACGUGUCGAGACCAAAGAACUACAGACUCUUCACAACCUGCUCAAACUCUUGGUACAGGACCUCACCACACGGGUCAAGAAGGUUUCUGUCUCAUUUCUACUCCGAAGCUCACCUUCUCCUGCUCAAACUGCUGACAAAUGUUCUACUGCUCUAAAGUCUGCUCUCCAGAACUUCCUAAAAACUCUCAAAGUCUCUUCUGCUACAGGUUGCUUUGUAGAACUGUUCCAGAAAACCUCACUAAACCACAUGGAGGAGCCUCAAGAUAGUCGUCCAAAUGAAACCAUACAAAAACCAAACUAGCACAACCCAAACACUAAAGUCUCCUGCAGCCUACCAGAGAACCUCUGAGAACAGAGUAUCAGGACAGGAACUCUUACCUUCUGGACAACCAACGCUGGUUCACUAACAAGAAUACAGAAUGUGUCUGAUCAAAAACCUCUGAAGACUCACUACAGCCAAGCUAAAGACACAACUCAGCUGCACCAAAUCCACUAAUCACUGCACACAUUAGAACCAUGUACUAACUGUGGCUAAAGAACCACAUUUACCAAGACAACUAUCCAGUACAAAGCCCUAAAACAGACCAAGAAACACAUUAAAGAUGGUUUUACUGCUGGAAGCUGCAAGCCAACACCUAAAGAACAAACUAAACCAACGGAGCCAAACCCAGUUCUGUGGUGAAGAGAAGCAGAGGAAAUGUUUGUCUGCAGCUAAAUAAAGCAGGAAGACACCGAGCUGCUCAGGUGUUCCUGAUAACACCAAGCAGCCACCUGGACAGCCAAUAGGAACACAGCUUCCUGGAAGUCCAGAGGGCUGGGUUAGUCAAGGAAAUUUAGUUUAAAGUUGAAGCAGAAAGUUAACAAAGAAAGUUGAAAACCACCUUCUGAUACCUGAAAUCUCUGCGUUUUCACACAAAGAACACCUGAACAUGUCAAACUGGUUCCAUAGUAGAACCAUCAUUGUAAAAACGUCAUAGUAUGGUGUGUUGAUCAAAAAACAUUAGGACCCGGCUGUCAGGGGACAAACAUGUAAGAAACAUGAGAACAGAGAGAACCCAACCAGUAGGUCACAGUUUAUCAUCAUCUAAUCAUCUCCUGAAGUCCAUAUGGUGAGAGACAUCAGUAUCUGGUUGUUAAUUUACCAGAGGAUGCUUAUAAUCAUGCUGAUGUGGUCUGUACUCUACAGUAUUUUAGUGACUCAAUAAAAGCCUAAGUUGUUUUUUUUUUUUUAAAUGCUUUUUAGUUUUUAAUAAACAUUUAACAGCCUAUAUGUAAUCAAUAAAUGGCCUUUGUCUAUCUUAAGAAAAAUUCACUCAGAACUCUGAUAUGUUAACAGUACUAAAUAAAUCAAUAAAUACAUGCAUACACACAAAAAUAAGUUAAUACAUUAACUGUGUUAAGAUAAGAUUUAGAUUCAAAAAAAGUUGUUUAUGUUUUUGCAGAAUCCAGUAUUGCUCACUGGUUGGUCAUUACAUUUUGUUAGUUUGAUUUCACUGUUUAAAAUGAUGCCACCUCUUUUCAGACAGAACCUGUAAUAAAACAAUACAAAAUUUUUAGCUCCGUGUUAAUAAAGCACUUAAAGCUUUAAGUAUGGCUAAAUGCUUUUUUCAAAAUUAAAUAUAUCACUCCUUAGGUGGUAGUGGCCCCAAGUUCAGUAAAGUUGGAAAGAUAUUCACAGAUUCAGACUUCCAGCAUCAAUAACUCGUUAGAUAUAGGUUGUCAAAACAUAAACGGUGCCUCUUUCCCAUUGUUGCAAGGCAGACAAUGUGCUACAAGCCCAGUUUUAUCAAAAGUAGCUGUCUUUCAAGCUACAGGAAUAACAUUGGUGUCUAUGGAGUGAACAGGGUCCGUCUGCAAUUUGCAAAACCGCUGCAACAGUAAAGAGAGACAAAUAUUCAAUAACUUCACUCUUAUACAUUGUAGUGUCACUAAAAUCACUGCAGCCUUCAACUGGCUCCUGUUGACAAAGUGUUUUAACAGAAAUGUAAAUGCUGUAAUUUGAUUCUUUUAAUGAACCAUGUAACUUGAAUGGAUGUGAUGCUGGUGUGACCACAGUGCACACGUCUGAUGUUGCUCACAGUGGUCCAAGGAACGCUCAGGGAGUUUGUGUGUUUGCUCACACUCAGGAAAAAUUACAGGGAAUAUUGAUGACAAGUGGUAAAAUUUUGGCAAUUUUAGAAAAAUAUCAUGCCAUUCUAGCUCCUGGGGGACUUUGAUCACAUAUCUUUCUAUCUAGUCUGAAGCACAAGGCCCUCAGUAGUACAUUGAUGCUACACAACCUUUCUUACUCAUUUGCAAGCUGCACCUCAUCCCAGCUGACACUGGAAAAAAGGCAGAUACUUCCUGAACAAGUCACUGGCCAAUCACAGCACUAACGCAGAGAGACACACAAUUAACUUGUAUGCAGUGGGAGAACUUGAACAUCCAGUGAAAACCCACACAUGCACAAGGUGAACACGUAAACUCACACACAGAAAAGUCCUGUUGAAUCCAGAAUCUUCUUGCUGGGAGCCAAAUGCUGCAUCACACCAGUCAGCUUCAUUUGUCAUCUUCUCCAACUCCUGUGGUGUCAUAAAAAUCAAUUACCACAGCCUCCAGAUAGAUGCUGUUUUGUUCUAGACAGCUCAUCCAGGAAGUGUGGAGAUGGAAGCUGGACUUGGUAACUUAGAGGGAGUUGUGCAUGACUAGUUAACACUUGGCUGAGGCAUUUGUUGGCUCUGAAAGUGAAGCCAAUGAAUGAAUAAACAACAAAAUAAACUGUAAUUG